CCACAUCGCGUUCACACUUCACCACACGCUUCCUCUCCCCUCUAUAAAUCAAAUCACAAACGCAAAAGCUCAAGCGUUCACACUUCUCAAAAAACCGCAACAACCAAAUCCAAACACACCAUGGGAAUCAGCCCCGUCCCGUUUUUCGCUCAAGAAGAUUACUCACACUUCUACAACCUAUUUGCAGAUACAGACAGCAACACCAACAAGAGAAAGCGUAACAGUAAAGAAGACGAAGGAGGAGGAGCAGAACAAAAUGGUGAUAGUGCUAUCGUCAAGGACUUACUUGCUUCGCUGAUGCUGUUGGAAGAGGAAGAAACUCGUGAACAGCAAAACAGAAUGGUUGAGUCCCAACAACAACGAGAUAUGUUCAACGCAAGCUUCCAGAACCAGGCCAGGGCCAUGGAAACCUACAAGGCCCAAUUCGAAGCCCAUUACGCCGAAUCGGAGGAGCUCCAAAAUAAAAUAACCAAAAAGGCCCGUCGCGCGGCUGCAGCAGCUGCCAGUUCGGUUAUUCUAGACGACACCGGUUCGGUUCAGGCCGAGGUUCCUCCUCAAACCGGUUCGACGGUUCAGCGGAGGAUGUGGGUGAGGGACCGGUCGAAGGACUGGUGGGAGCGGAUUAGCCGGGAGGACUUCCCGGAGGAGGAGUUCCGGCGGUGGUUCCGGAUGAGCAGAAGCACGUUCGACAUGAUCUGCGACGAGCUCGACGCGGUGGUGACGAAGAAAAACACGAUGCUCCGAGACGCGAUUCCGGUGCGGCAGCGCGUGGCCGUGUGCAUCUGGCGCCUGGCCACCGGCGACCCGCUCCGGCUGGUGUCGAAGCGGUUCGGGUUGGGGAUCUCCACGUGUCACAAGCUCGUGCUCGAAGUCUGCUACGCGAUACGCACCGUUUUGAUGCCGAAGUUUCUGCAGUGGCCGAGCGAGGAAAAGAUGAAUCGCAUCAAGGAAGAGUUCGAGAGCUCGUCGGGAAUACAGAACGUGGGAGGCGCAAUGUACACGACGCACGUGCCGAUCAUCGCUCCUAAAAUAAGCGUGUCGGCGUAUUUUAACAAGCGGCACACGGAGCGGAACCAGAAAACGAGUUACUCGGUAACGGUUCAGGGCGUGGUUGAUUCGAGAGGCGUUUUCAGCGACGUGUGCAUUGGUUGGCCGGGUUCGAUGCCGGACGACGAGGUUCUGGAGAAAAGCGCGUUGUUUCAGAGAGCUAACAGUGGGAAUCUGAGGGACGUUUGGAUCGUGGGAAACUCAGGGCACCCUCUGAUGGACUGGGUGCUGGUCCCGUACACGCACCCUAACCUGACGUGGACGCAGCACGCGUUCAACGAGAAGAUUGAGGAGAUUCAGGGCACUGCCAAACAGGCCUUUGCGAAGCUAAAAGCGCGGUGGGGGUGUUUGCAGAAGAGGACUGAGGUGAAGCUUCAGGACUUGCCUGUGGUGCUCGGCGCGUGCUGUGUUCUGCAUAACAUUUGUGAGAUGAGGAAUGAAGAGAUGGAUGAUGAGUGGGGAUUUGAGCUUUUUGACGACGAGAUGGUGCCGGAAAACUCCAUUCGCUCUGCUUCUUCCAUGCAGGCCAGAGACCACAUUGCGCACCAUUUGCUGCACCAUGCUCGCGCUGGCACUGCCUUCUUGUAACUCUUCUUCUUCUUCUUCUUCUACCUUAUUCUUUUUGACUAUGUUGCAGUAGUCACGUUAAUUAACAGAGAGAGAAUUAGCAUAUUAAUUUCAUUCAUUAAAUUCUUGAAUAGGUAGAUUGUAUACAGAAUUUUUGUCUCAAAAAUAUAAUCAAGAACAUGUUUUAGAUUUUAGAGUAUAAUAUAUUUGUUUCAGCGAUUCAGGUAUUGUCAUGGAUUACUGCUACCAUGUACUCCCAAGUUGAUGCCACCGCGUUUCUGUUUUCCAAUAUACAUAUUAUUACGUGUU